AUGAUCAGUCAUGGACAUCAGCAGGUGAAUGUUAACCCGAAGGUUAUGAAUGUGCUCGCCAAACAGUAGAACGAACUAGUUAAUAAGCCACCUGAUUGCGUUUUAUUCCAGCCAAAUUAAGAUGGUGACAUCCUCGAUAUUCAGGCAGACAUAAUAGGUCCAGUGGGCACUGCUUAUGAGGGUGGCAUUUUUAAGUGUAAACUUGUCAUUGAUUCUGAGUUCCCCUAAAAACCCCCAAAAGGUUUCUUCCUGACUAAAAUAUUCCAUCCUAAUGUUGCAGUGCCAUCUGGAGAGAUUUGCGUCAACACUUUAAAGAAAGAUUGGAAUCCAAACAACUGGUCAUUAUCACACAUAUUCGAAGUUAUUAAAUGCCUGCUUAUCGUACCAUUCCCAGAGAGCAGUCUUAAUGAAGAAGCAGGACGUCAGUUCAUGGAGAGCUAUGACGAGUUCUUCAGGAAUGCUAAAGUUUACACUCAAGUACAUGCUAGACCUAGCCAAUAGCAACAAAAGAUGAUAGAUUAGCAUCUGAAUGCUCACUACAAGGCCAACGCUAAAGAAGAGCAAAAGCAACAACAAUAGCAGUACGAGUGUUAGAACACCAAUGUUGGAAUGUUUCAAAAUCAAAUGCAGAUUGAUUCAUGUGGUGGUAUUCAGACUAAUAUUUUCCUGUAGUCUUAAUCUCAGCAACCUCGAGAGUUCCCUGUCUUAAAUCAAGUCACUAACUCAUUCCAGCAGUAGUAGUAAUUAUCAGAAUAAAAAGGUGAAUUUGUUUUCUAACAACAGGACUCACAAUAAAUGAAUCUAGGAGGGUCAUUCAAUAGUAACAAUGGAGGUUUUAAACCUCAAGGAGCUCCAGUGCUUAAGAAGAGCUCCGCCCCUGCUGACCCUAAGAAGAAGUGGAUGAGAAGAAUAUGA